UUUCUCUUCGGCGGCUGCGGUAGGGGUGGUAGCGGCGACUCCGGCGAGCGCGAUGGCUGCCAACUGCGAGCGCACCUUCAUCGCCAUCAAGCCCGACGGCGUGCAGCGGGGGCUGGUGGGGGACAUCAUCAAGCGCUUCGAGCAGAAGGGCUUCAGACUGGUGGCCAUGAAGUUCCUGCACGCCUCUGAAGACCUUCUCAAACAACACUACAUUGACCUCAAGGACCGACCAUUCUACCCUGGGCUGGUUAAAUACAUGAACUCUGGACCCGUUGUGGCCAUGGUAUGGGAAGGACUCAACGUAGUUAAAACUGGGAGAGUCAUGCUGGGGGAAACAAACCCUGCAGACUCCAAGCCUGGCACCAUCCGUGGUGACUUCUGCAUUCAAGUAGGAAGGAACAUCAUCCAUGGCAGCGACUCCGUGGAGAGUGCGCAGAAGGAGAUCAGCCUCUGGUUCAAGCCUGCAGAGCUGGUUGACUACAGGUCCUGUGCACACGACUGGAUCUAUGAGUGAAAGGAGCCUCCACAAGGAAUUGUGCCUUCUCCACACAUCUCGUUCCAGCUGCUGCCCUGGGAGCAGCCCUCCCCAGGGUCAUUUCAGCUCUGUUAAAUAAAUGGA